CUGAAGUCUGCGCGGGUUUACCUCCAGACACACACACACACAGACACACACACACACACACACACACACACACACGCGGCGUGUCUCCGUGGGGCUCCUGGUCUUGCUGGUGUUCCUGGUCCUGGUGCUGGAGGCUCUGGGCUCGGCCAUGGCAGACUUCUGGGGCGACGUCGCUCAUCAGAGGAGGCUGAGGGCCGUGUCCAUGGGGAACGAUGAGGAGGCGGUGCUGGACCAGGGGAAGACCAGCUCCACUCUGCAUACCAACUUUGAGAAGGAAGAACUGGAGAGUCACAGGGCGGUGUACGUGGGCGUGCACGUGCCGCUGGGCCGCCAGAGCCGCCGCCGCCACCGCCACCGAGGACACAGACACCACCGCAAGAGACGCGAGCGCAGCGAGGAGCGCGAGGACGGCCGCGACUCGCCGUCCUACGACACGCCGUCGCAGCGCGUCCAGUUCAUCCUGGGAACUGAGGACGAUGACGAGGAGCACAUCCCACACGACCUGUUCACCGAGCUGGACGAGCUGAGCUGCAGAGACGGACACGAGCAGGAGUGGAGGGAGACGGCCAGGUGGCUGAAGUUCGAGGAGGAUGUGGAGGACGGUGGUGAGCGGUGGAGUAAGCCGUACGUGGCGACGCUGUCGCUGCACAGCCUGUUCGAGCUGCGCUCCUGCAUCCUGAACGGGACCGUGCUGCUCGACAUGAGGGCCAGCAGCAUCGACGAGAUCGCAGACAUGGUGAUUGACAGCAUGCUGGCGUCGGGGCAGCUGGACGAGGGCGUGAGGCAGAAGGUGAGGGAGGCCAUGCUGAAGCGACAUCACCACCAGAACGAGAAGAAGCUGAGUAACCGCAUCCCGCUGGUGCGGUCCUUUGCCGACAUAGGCAAGAAACACUCCGACCCCCAUUUACUGGAGCGCAACGGUCUGUUGGCGUCGCCCCAGUCGGCUCCUUGUAACCUCGACAACAGCAAGAGCAGCGAGAGCCGCAUGAACGGCGGCGGCGGCAGCAGGGAGAACAGCACGGUGGACUUCAGCAAGGUGGAUAUGAACUUCAUGAAGAAGAUCCCCCCCGGUGCCGAGGCCUCCAACGUCCUGGUGGGCGAGGUCGACUUCCUGGAGCGACCCAUCAUCGCCUUCAUCAGACUGUCACCUGCCGUGUUGCUGAGCGGCCUGACAGAGGUCCCUGUGCCCACCAGGUUCCUCUUCCUGAUGCUCGGCCCGUUUGGAAAAGGGGGGCAGUACCACGAGAUCGGACGCUCCAUCGCCACGCUGAUGACCGACGAGGUGUUCCACGACGUGGCGUACAAGGCGAAGGACCGUGUGGACCUGCUGUCGGGGAUCGAUGAGUUCCUGGACCAGGUGACGGUGCUGCCUCCAGGUGAGUGGGACCCGACGAUCCGCAUCGAGCCGCCCAAGAGCGUCCCGUCCCAGGAGAAGAGGAAGACGCCCUCGCUCGCCAACGGCUCCGCCCACAACGCCGACCUCACCAAGGAGGAGGAGCAUCAGGCAGGACCAGAGCUGCAGAGGACUGGGAGGAUGUUCGGCGGCCUGGUGAAGGACGUGCGGCGGAAGCUUCCCUUCCUGUGGAGCGACAUCAGAGACGCCGUCAGCCUGCAGUGCCUGGCCUCCGUCCUCUUCCUGUACUGCGCCUGCAUGUCACCUGUCAUCACCUUCGGAGGGCUGCUGGGAGAGGCCACCAAGGGCAACAUCAGUGCUAUAGAGUCUCUGUUCGGGGCGUCCCUCACAGGUGUGGCGUACUCGGUCUUUGCAGGUCAGCCUCUCACCAUCCUGGGCAGCACGGGCCCCGUCCUCGUCUUCGAGAAGAUCCUCUUCAAGUUCUGCAGUGACUACGGCCUGUCCUACUUGUCUCUGCGGACCAGCAUCGGCCUGUGGACGGCCUUCCUGUGCUUGGUGCUGGUGGCCACUGACGCCAGCUCGCUGGUCUGCUACAUCACCCGCUUCACCGAGGAGGCCUUCGCCGCCCUCAUCUGCAUCAUCUUCAUCUACGAGGCCUUGGAGAAGCUGUUCGACCUGGGCGAGCACUACCCCAUCAACAUGAACAACAACCUGGACAACCUCACCUUCUACACGUGUCAGUGCGCUCAGCCCACCAACGCCUCGGCCGAGGUCCAGAAGAUCUGGAGUGAAAGGAACCUCUCAGCAGAAAGCAUCCCGUGGAGCCAGCUGGAUGUCAAGGAGUGUAAGGGGUUGCAGGGGGAGUUUGUGGGCUCGGCCUGCAGCCACGGCGGCCCCUUCAUCCCGGACGUCCUCUUCUGGUCCAUUAUCCUCUUCUUCACCACCUUCUUCCUCUCCGCCUUCCUCAAGCAGUUCAAGACCAAACGCUACUUCCCCACCAAGGUUCGCUCCACCAUCAGCGACUUCGCCAUCUUCCUCACCAUCAUGAUCAUGGUGCUGAUCGAUUACCUGGUGGGCGUUCCCUCGCCCAAACUCAAUGUGCCCGACCGCUUUGAGCCCACGUCCAAGGCGACCCGUGGUUGGCUGAUCUCCCCUCUGGGCUCUAACCCCUGGUGGACUCUGCUGGCGGCGGCCGUCCCGGCUCUGCUCUGCACCAUCCUGAUCUUCAUGGACCAGCAGAUCACCGCCGUCAUCAUCAACAGGAAGGAGAACAGACUGAAGAAAGGCUGCGGGUACCACCUGGACCUGCUGGUGGUGGCGGUGAUGCUGGGCGUGUGCUCGCUCAUGGGGCUGCCGUGGUUCGUGGCGGCGACCGUCCUGUCCAUCUCGCACGUCAACAGCCUGAAGCUGGAGUCCGGCUGCGCGGCGCCCGGAGAGCAGCCCAAGUUCCUGGGCAUCCGGGAGCAGAGGGUCACCGGCUUCAUGAUCUUCAUCCUGAUGGGCUGCUCCGUCUUCAUGACCUCCGCCCUGAAGUUCAUCCCCAUGCCGGUUCUCUAUGGAGUUUUUCUCUACAUGGGAGUCUCCUCUCUCAAAGGCAUCCAGCUGUUUGACAGGAUCAAGCUGUUCGGCAUGCCGGCCAAGCACCAGCCCGACCUGAUCUACCUGCGCUACGUCCCGCUGUGGAAGGUGCACGUGUUCACGGCGGUGCAGCUCACCUGCCUGGUGCUGCUGUGGCUCAUCAAGGCGUCGGCCGCCGCCGUCGUCUUCCCCAUGAUGGUCCUGGCUCUGGUGUUCAUCCGGAAGCUUCUGGACUUCUUCUUCACCAAGAGGGAGCUGAGCUGGCUCGACGACCUGAUGCCCGAGAGCAAGAAGAAGAAGGAGGACGACAAGAAGAAGAAGAAGGAGCAGGCUCUGCGGAUGCUGGAGGAGGCCGAGGACGAGCUGCCGUACGAACGCAGAAACAUCCUGAAGAUCCCACUGAGACAUGCCGACCCGUCGGAGGUGAACAUCUCAGAUGAAAUGGCUAAAAGUGGCAUCUGGAAAUCUGUUGCCAAGAACUCCGACAGCAGCAGGAGCCUGAAGCCCAGCAGCCAGGACCGGGUGUCGAGCGUCCAGAUUAAAGUGGAAGACGAGGAGCCGAGGUGUGUGGACGCUGAGACGUCCUUGUGAUCCUCCACCAGCAGGCGGCGCCCUCACCUGCCGAGACGUCGGGGAGGACCAAUCAGGUUACAGCUCGCCCCUCUGCACCCGGCCAAUGCUUUUUCUCAUCGUUUUAUGAUGAAUCACAGAGACGCUGCUGCUUGGAGCCAAGAUGGCCGCCACUCUGGAAAACAGCUUCUUCUUCUUUUUUUUGUGUUUUUUUUUAAACGUGACAGUUCCGCCAACCCGCCGCAGGGCUCUGAUUGGCUGCUGAAGGGGGCGGGUCACAGGAAGGAGACGCCUGCUUUCCAGACCUGAAGUUUUUAUUUUAAGGUUUAAUUUUAAUUUUUAUAAAUAUGCUCUGAAGAAGCAGGUCCAAACACGGCAGGGCGUUUUUAUUUAAUCAUCAUGCUGAUUUGAAACAGAUGUGUGUGUGUGUGUGUCUGUGUGUGUGUGUGUCUCUGUGUGAGUGUGUGUAUGUCUGUGUGUGUCUCUGUGUGUGUGUGUGUGUCUCUGUGUGUGUGUGUGUGUGUGUGUGUCUGAUCUUUGGAAGCAGCAGGUUCAACGUCUGGGCAGAAAUCAGCGCCUCGAGUUUAAACCACAUGAAGCUGAAACCUCGUCUGAUUGGUCGAAUCAGAACUUUUCAGACACUUAAAGGUUUGUGAUGUUCAGAUGAACCCAAACAGCGCCACCCGGUGGAAUCACUGAGCUGAAGGUCGAGUUUGGAUGAAAGCCUGGUUUUCUGUGGGCCUGUGUGUCUGCACGGCCACCAGAGGGAGACAAACUACACACAACUGCCAAACGUGUCAGACUCUGAAAAACCUGAUUGAUCCCUGACGGGAAAUUUGGGUCAAAUUCCCAACAGAAGACUUAAAUCAUGAGUAUAAAUGAAAUUAUAAGAAAUAGAAAAAGGAAUUAGAAAUACAAAAAUCUAAUAUACAAAUAUGUAUAUGAACAUUGGAUCAUAAAACUUUAAAUGGAUCUUUCAAUUGUAGUUUGAAAUUAAAAGCAAUUGAUUAUUACUGAAGGUAACUUGAUUUCUCAGUCUGGCAGCUUUAGAGACGUCAGCGUUAUUAAUAUAAAUUAUUAUUAAAGGAGAACACAUCACAUUUUUUCUGAACAACUUUUGUGUCACAGAAAAAAAAAAUUUCCAGUCACCGAACGAUCGGACGAUUAUCAUGUUCUGACUGGCGGCAGCCCGUGUUGUUGUCAAGGUAACGGUAAACGGUGAUGUCAGGUCACCGCCGUGCCGCCGUCUUUAGUUUUGAAACUUUGUGCACAGUCUGGUUUGGUCUUGUUGUGUGUAAGAAGUCUUCAUGUCGCUGCAGCCGCUCGCAGUUUGUCUGCAGCUCGACGUUCUGCUGAGAGAAAAGCUGAAGAGAGCAAACUCAGUCCGGCCUCCUGAGGUCUGAAUUUAAAAUGAAAACUAAGAUUCAGUAAAAACCUCUUUCGACGUCUCAGUCGUUGGUCACAGAUUCCUCUGCUGCACGCUGUUUAUUGAAAAGCUGUUUAUUGAAAAGCUGUUUAUUGAAAAGCUGUUUAUUGAAAAGCGUUCGGACGCAGUUUUGCGGCGCUGCUCUCUCCCGGCAGGACGAAGCGUUUUGCCUCUGACCCGGAGGCGGAUCAGAUCAGAGGUCAGCGUUAGGGUUAGGGUUCGUGACUCCGGGCUUUGACGGUAGAAUCUGCAAACAGAAACGGGACGUUGACUGAACACAUGGCAUGCAGCUUUUUAUUUGGUCGCUUCUCUGUUCCUGUUGGCGUCCCGUCAGGAGGCCGGCAGCCUGCUCCAAUCAGAAAGCUCGUUUUCCUUCGUGGACAGAAAUAUGGGGCCUUAAAUUUCCUCCCUGUUACACCAGGAAUGAUUUUUUUUGUAAAUGUUUCUUUUUAAUUAUCAUUAUUAUUGUUAUUACUGUAAAUAAAUUCCUUUUAUAUUUGG